AUGCCUUCUUUAGACGACCAGUCAGGUGCUAAGCACGAUGGUGCUCAAGAUCAAUCCAAAUUGGAGGAAGAUACCCAGCAGGGACUACUCCACCAAGUAUACGAAUGGCUUCAUCAUGAAAAGACCAGACGUCAGAAUCGUAAAGCACGGAAAUCCGAAGCAACAUCCCAUGCAACACCUGAAAGCGACGCACCUACAGAAGAGAGUCUUUUAGAACGACCUAGGUCAAACCCUUCCUCGGAGACCUCAUUUUCACUGGAUAAACUGGAGAAGAUUCUCCUCCAAUAUGCGACCACCCAACCAGGAUCUGAAGCCAGCUCGACUCAGCGGCAGCCAAUCAAAAAGCAAUCUCGACGCCGUCUUAAGGGCCUACGAAGAGGUUCCGCCUCUGAGUCUGAACUUACGGAUGCCGAGGCACCCCCACCAGGCGUGGAAGCUUAUCUUGACAAUACAAAGACACUUGCCUACACCGGUGGCGCUGCAGUAGAGGAGAAUAUUGACUCCAGCGCGAGCGUGAAGCAAGCCAAGGACGCAGACGCUUGGGUGACAUUCAAAACUGAGAUCGUCCGUAUUGUGCACACCUUGCAACUGAAAGGGUGGCGGAAGGUCCCUGCGGACCUGGCUGGAAACAUUGAGGUGGUCCGGCUCAGCGGCGCUCUUACCAACGCCGUAUAUGUAGUUGAGCCACCCAAGCAUCUGCCUCCUCCGAAGACCGACAGCAACACUCUGGUUUCUAGGAAGCCCCCACCGAAGCUUCUUUUGCGUAUCUACGGCCCUCAAGUCGACCAUUUGAUUGAUCGGGAGAAGGAGCUACAAAUCCUCCGUCGCCUAGGAAAGAAAAACAUUGGCCCCCGCAUUCUCGGAACUUUCCUUAAUGGUCGAUUCGAAGAGUACUUUGAGGCUCGCCCACUUACACACAAGGAGCUGCGUAUGCCUGAAACGGCGAAGCAAGUUGCUAAGCGGAUGAGAGAGUUGCACGAAGGUAUUACGCUCCUGGAAGAGGAGCGCGAAGGGGGACCGAUGAUCUUCAAUAACUGGGACAAGUGGGUGGACCGUUGCGAGCAGGUGACCACAUGGCUAGACAAAGAGCUCGAGUCCCCGCAGAAUGAAGCCAAGGCCGCAACAGAACCAUGGCGUCGCCGCGGCUAUGUCUGCGGUGUACAAUGGGACAUCUUCCGCAAAGCCGUGGAGAACUAUCGUCGUUGGUUGAUUGCCAGCUCUGGUGGCAUUGCCGAGAUCAAGCGCCAGCUAGUCUUCGCGCAUAAUGAUACUCAAUAUGGCAACCUGCUUCGCAUGGAGCCAGCUACACAGUCACCCCUACUUUUACCCGCAAACGAACACAAGCAGCUUGUCGUGAUCGAUUUCGAAUAUUCCUCUGCCAACACUCCUGGCUUUGAGUUUGCCAAUCACUUUACCGAGUGGUGCUACAACUACCAUGACGAAGAACGCUCGUGGGCUUGCAACAACCGUGCCUAUCCCACACCAGAGCAACAAUACCAAUUCGUGUCGACUUACCUCACCCACAAACCCGGUGCUGCCGGAACUAUCUCACCCCUAUCUACGCCAACCAUUCACCCUCGCGCUUCUGCCGCAUUUGCGCCGCUAGACUUGGACGAGGGGGCAGAAGGGCCCUCUCAGGCUUCGCAGAUUGAGAAAUUCGCUGACGAUGAGCACGACAAACAAGUGCGAUUCCUCAUGCAGCAAACCCGUUUAUGGAGGGUAAUGGGAUCCGCUCAAUGGAUCGCCUGGGGUAUCGUUCAGGCCAAGGUGCCUGGCAUGGAGGAAGGCAUUGCCGAGGCACUCGCUGCUCGCGAUGGGUCUAACAAAGAUGAACAAAACGGCGAGGGCAGCCAGAAGACUCCCCAGGUGGAAGACGAUGCCGAUGAAGAAGGGGACUUUGACUACCUAGCUUAUUCCCAGGACCGUGCGAUGUUCUUCUGGUCUGAUCUCCUUGCAAUGAAGCUGGUCAAAGAAGAGGAUCUUCCCGCUCCCCUGGUGGAGCAUAUCAAGUCUCGACUUGUUGAAUACUAA